AUGACCAUCAAGAAAAGAUGGUACACGGUCAAGCGAAUAGGGAAGGGCGCAUAUGGAACCGUGUACCUGGAACGAGAGGAGACGGACGGUGUCGAGAGUCAGCGUGCUGUAAAGCGAGUACCAAAGUUGUUGGCUUCAGGCGCACCAGUGGAUUAUAGUAGGGAACUGUUGGCUAUGGCUCUCCUAACCAAGCACGAGGAGGUAUUUGUUCUUUUCCAUGGAUGGUAUGAGUCCAAGAAUAGCAUUUAUCUUGCAAUGGAGUACAUCCCACACGGAGACCUGCAGCAAUGUGUCCGAUCCAGGCUUCCUGAAGACGAGGCGAAAGCCAUCACAACGCAAAUAUUGGAAGGUCUUUGUGUCAUGCAUGAGCGUUCUAUAACUCACCGUGACCUUAAGCCUCAGAACAUCUUCGUUGUCAGCCCAGGCCCGAAUUGGUGGGUCAAAAUAGGAGAUUUCGGCAUCUCGAAACGUGUUGAAUCGAGCGACACCGCUCUUCGUACCAUCGCAGGUACCAUGAAUUUUAUCGCACCAGAAAUUUUUGGAAUCUGCGAAGGGAGCGAAUUUACAUCCGAAUACACCAGUGCGGUCGAUAUCUGGUCCCUCGGAUGCGUCGCUUAUGUUCUUUUAACAUUGAGCGUUCCAUUUUCCAACAACCUCGAGCUUCGCAAAUUUUGUCGUGGCAAACUUGACUUUCCAGUCCAAAACUUGCAAGACAACAAGGUCACAAUGAAUGCGCUUUCGUUUCUGAAGCAGUUGCUCAUGGCCGAACCCUCUCAGAGGAAAAGUGCACAAGAAGCCCUUACUUCGCCCUGGCUUACCGGUGGGUCGACGAGGGAAUCCGGCGAAAAGUCGUUGGACGUGCGUUGGUCAAAGGCAGAAGAUCAGCCAACAUUCGCAACCUCGAGCAGUAAGAUUCUUCAGGAAUAUGGGAAACGAGUAAGACAAAGACCGGUGACCGCAAACUAUAGUACGCCUGAUGGCAUACAAUCUCGACAACAAUUAUCCUACAAUAACAUUGUAACACGAGAAUAUCACAUUCCAAAGAUACCUCCCAAUUGGCAGGCCCGUAAGGAAGCAGUAGAUGUUUCCAUUAUGCCAGAUUCCAGCAGCGGCGGACUAGGUGAUUCGAACACAGCUCCCAAAUCCACUUCAAACAAGACCGGUCCGGCUCUUUUGCCAGUUUAUAACAUUCAGCACCCAUAUGACGAGACGCAGAAAACUCUGAUUUUAGAGCAGACAUGGGGUGCGGAAGGAGCAAGACACCAUGACCUUGUACAAUCCAGGACAGGAAAAAUCUCUACGGAAGAUAUCUAUAAAUUCUUUGAAGCUGCUUCUCAGGGCGAUUUAGAGACAUUGGAACAUUUGAUCCACAUCGGAAUCGAUGUCAACACUAAGAAUCCUAUGAAGAUGGAGGCAGAACAGUGGCUCAACGUUUGGGGCCACGAAAAUUCCGCCUUCGGCGCUCCUGCUCUGGUAUGGGCAGCGGCUGCUGGUAUUGAAGCUUCGGUUUAUAAGCUUCUACGAAGCGGGGCGGAUGUGGAUGGAACGAGCGUUUACAACCGUACAGUGAUGCACAUGGCUACAAAGAACGGUCACGCAUCCAUAUUUACGCUGUUACUGGGGCGAAUGGCGAACCCCGCUCCGCGAGAUGAUAUGGGAAGAGCACCCAUUCAUUGGGCAGCUGAACAGGGCCAUGCUGGAGUUGUUCGAGCUAUGAUCUCAAGCCCAAGGGUGGAUAUAGAUGCAAGGACCGAAACUUCAAAGUGCACUGCGCUUCGCUUAGCCGCUGAAUCAGAGUUCACGGCGCUUCACUUAGCCACUCACGGUGACCAUAUAGAGGUUGCACAAACCUUGCUCACCAGUGGAGCCUUCGUCGAUGCUCGGGGAUCCCAUGGUUAUACACCUCUCCACAGACUCAUCCAAAAUCGGAUGUAUGAUACACAGGCUCGCUUAACGUUUAUAUCGCUGUUGCUGGAUUACGGCGCUAAUAUCAACGCGGAAACCAAUGAUGGACAUACAGCGCUUGACUUCGCAUGCAAAUCUGACAAGAAGUCUUCGAAAAAACUUCUGAUACAGAGAGGAGCAAGACACGGCAUGAAGGAUGCUAUGAAGUAG